AAAUAUUCCAAUCAGCCAACAUCAACAAAAUAUUCCAUUCAGCCAACAUCAACAAAAUAUCUCAAUCAACCAACAUCAACAAAAUAUCCCAAUCAGCCAACAUCAACAAAAUAUCUCAAUCAACCAACAUCAUCAAAAUAUUCCAAUCAGCCAACAUCAACAAAAUAUCUCAAUCAACCAACAUCAACAAAAUAUCCCAAUCAGCCAACAUCAACAAAAUAUUCCAAUCAGCAUACAUCAACAAAAUAUCCCAAUCAACCAACAUCAGCAAAAUAUCCCAACUAG